AUGUCUAGCUUUAAAGCGUGGAGGUCCAUCUUAGGGCUUUGCGCCGCUCUAUGCGCAUCAGCUGCAUUGUCGGCUUCAUCCAACCAUAAAAAUCCACGACUCACCAGCACAACAAUCCUGUAUCAUAACUCUGGAGACUGGGAAAGCCACGAAGGUAAUCCUAGCGCGAUCCUGGUCAACAAACCAGCCACCUACCACGAGGCCGUCAAGAUCUGCGCUUCCUACAACGAAACUCUGCUUGAUUGUAAGGGAUUGUAUAAUUAUCAAGACGAACUCAAUUAUCAGGCCUGGCUGGGGAAUAUUAAUAAACCGGAUGGACUCUGGACGUCUUGCAAUUCGAAUCGGCCAUCGGAUUUCCAGGGCUCGUUUUCUGGGACUCCAAAUGGUGGCGGAAAGUCCCCAUUCUUGUGCACCAACACAGCCCCUUUCGUCGGCCAGGUAGAUACAGAUUACUCUACCUUCCCGACUGUGAGAACACCCACCAUCGAAGGGGUCGUAUUCGAGGGUCUACGGGACCACAUGGCAUAUCGAUUUUUGGGCAUUCCAUUCGCGAAACCACCCGUUGAUGAGUUGCGCUUUCAAUAUGCCCAACCACCUGAGUAUCAAAAUGGGGAUGUAGUUAAUGCAACGCGAUACCGGCAGGCUUGCAUGCAAGUAGGCAGUUUUGAGGGCAAUGCCCAGGGACUGAAUCCCUGGGGGAAUAGUGAGGAUUGUCUGCAUCUGCAAGUCUUUACACCCAGUCUCCCUUCAUCUCUGCCUACGGCCUCCCAAGGGGGUCUAAAGCCUGUUAUGCUCUGGAUCCAUGGCGGCGCAAUGAUCAACGGUGCCGGGAGCGAUUCCACCUUUGACGGCGCCAGUCUUGUCUCUCGCGGCGACGUGGUGCUUGUGAGUAUCAACUACCGACUCAACAUCUUUGGGCUACUGACUCUCAACGACGGCGUCGUAAACGGCAACUACGCGUUAAGCGACAAGAUCGCCGCUCUGGAAUGGGUACAAAAAUACAUUGCUGCGUUUGGCGGUGAUCCGGAUAAUGUCACCAUUUUCGGGCAGUCUGCUGGCGGUGCAUCGGUUAUGGAUUUGAUUGUUUCACCCAAAGCGAAAGGAUUGUUUAAGAAUGCGAUUCCACAGUCUUUGGCGGGGAAUGUUGUAAAUCAGAGUGUGAUUGAGGCGGUGAUGGCUCCGCAUAUAGAGCCGUUGUGUCCGACUUCUGCAGGACAAGAAGGUAGAUUUGAGUGUUUGAGGCAGCUGCCAGCAGACACAUUGCUAAAUAUUAGCAUGGUAUACUGGUCGUGGAGCACCGUCAUCGAUGGCGUAUACAUGGUCGAUCAACCGCUUUCCCUCGUUUCGGAACGUAAAAUCAACGGCGUCAAUGUCCUGAUGGGCUGGAUGCCCGACGAAGCGCAGUCGUUACUAGCGACUAGCAUCGCGCCAAACAUGGCCAAUCUCACCACUGGUCUGGAAGCUCUCGCUAGAGGAGGUAUGAUCACCUCAUCUCAGGCAUCCACUUUAGCUUCUUCUGGUCUCUGGGACAUUCCACAGGACUACACAGAUGCGUACAACGCAACCGUCAACAUCGGCACAGAUGGGGGGAUCAUCUGCCAUGUGAGCAAAUUCGUCGACGCUGCUGCUUCCUCCUCAUCAAAGCCGUUCAAUUCUCUCUGGGUAUACACUCACCAACGCGCCUACGCCCUCAGUUUCUACUCCUUCUACGACCUGUGCACAUUCCCCGUCGGCCAGCCGAAUACACCAUACUACCGCUGCCACUCAGGUGAUUUGUACGAAAUAUUCGGGACAUAUUACAUCUUCAACCAACCGGUAAGGGAUGAUGGGGAUAUAAAAUACACAAACGUCGUACAAGAUAUGUGGACAUCCUUCGCGAAGACGGGGGAUCCGAAUCCGGAUAUAGAGUAUCUGAGUACGAGGGGGUAUCGGCCGUCGGAGCAUUACUUUACGAUGUUCAGAUUUGAGGAGUACUCGACAGCUGGAAAGGGGGUGAUGAAUUUGGAGUGGCCGAGGCCGUCUUUCUCAGAUUUACCAGAUCGGAAGCAUUGUAGUGUUUUGGGAAUGACUCUUGAUAAGUAA